AUGGCAGAGUAUACUUUCAGAUGGCCGGAAGGCCCCAAAGACGUCGUAAUUACUGGUGAUUUCGAUAAGUGGAGCGGAAGCUUACCAUUGGUGAAGAGUCCCAGAGGAGACUUUGCUAUCACCAUGCCCAUUGAACAUACCUCGAGCGACAGAUUCCAUUUCAAGUUUAUCGUGGACGGACAGUGGCAAACCAGUCGUGACUACAAGACGGAAACGUCAGACGAAGGCAUUACAAAUAACUGUUUGGUUAUCUCGUCGCUCCCCAAGUUCGGUGCAAAAUCGAGUUCCGCGGUUGCAGGAAGCAGAAUUCCCGAGAUUGGGCUCAACUUGGUUGCUCCUGAAGUUGCAGCACCUGUGUUGGGAACCCAAGCGCCACCAAAGGCUCAACCGGCGCCUCGUUCUAACAAGAAGGGUAAGAAGAAGAAGAUUCAAAUUAAGAGAAGAAUUCGUAGAAACAAAAAGACCGGCGAAAGAACCGUCUUGUCAGAAGAAAGACAUGAACUUAAAUCCGGAACCGACACCGAUACUUAUGAAACUGAAGAAACUGCCACAGCAACGGCCACCUCGAGAGAGGAAACUCCUCAGUCUAUGGAACUGGACCCUGCCGUGAACCAAAUUCAUGGUCAGGACAAUUUCGAAAGCACUGUCAUGCCUUCAACUGAGAACCAACAGACUACAUUAGGCGAACCUGGUAUCGUUGUCUUUCCAAACGCUUCUGAAAUUAAGGAAUUCUCAGAGGUUAGAGAUGUGGAUGCUGAUGAACUUAACGAAAGGCUGAACCGUGAACUGGCGGAAAGUAAGUCGAAAAAAGAAGCCGCUGCCGAACCAAGUAACCCGGUUGUUGAAAAGGACUUGACUUCGCACAAAGAAACUGCGGAGCCCGAGUUCCCUGUCAAGGAGAAGGACUUGACUACGCACAAAGAAACUGCGGAGCCUGAUUUCCCUGUCAAGGAGAAGGACUUGACUUCGCAAAAAGAAACUGCGGAGCCUGAUUUCCCAGUCAAGGAGAAGGACUUGACUACACACAAGGAAAAUGCGGAACCCGAGUUCCCAGUCAAGGAGAAGGAUCUCAGCGCUCCUUUAUUUCCAGUUGUUGCUAAAACCGAGAGUGAGCCACAAGCUUCAAGCCUAACUUCCACAAACGACGUCAAUAAGCCAAAGUCUUCAGAUGCUGACGAAGAAAUUAUGCCUCCUGUUAAGGAAUUUGUUCCUUUAUUCUCAACCGAAGGAGAAAAUGAACCUUUGACUGGACACUCUUUGGAAGUAUUGCCUGUUCCAGAAGAGUUCCAAACAAAGUCUGCUGGGAUAGUUGAACCUGAAACCGAAACUGAAACUCAACCUGAAGAUAACACCGCUAUCCCUUCGGGUUUGGCUGCGACCGCUGCUGCCGCCGCUACAGCGGCUGCAGGUGUGGCAGCAGAGCAACAACUAACCGCUUCCAAGACGCAGAACGUCGAUGCUGGCGUUGAGGCAGUUCCAGUAAAGGAGUCUCUAUUGCAGUUCAAGGGAAAAGAUGAAGAAAGCAAGGGAAAGCAACUCCCAGCUCAAUCAGAUAUUGUCGGUACACAAGUUGAGACUUUACCGAUUGACAAGUCUAGCUCCCUGGGAGAGGCUGGUUUACCUAUUGAAAAGAAAAUCGUUCCAGUCCAACCUGCCGAAGAGUUGGCGCUACCCAAAGCUGGAAUCGUUGAGCCCACUAGUACUGAAGAUGGCACUACAACGAAAGCAGUGACAGACAAAGAGGUUAUUACCAAAGACAUUACCAACAAAGACGCUAUAGCUCUAGACAAAGCUACGCCAGAAGAAACAGGCCCAGUAGUUGUAGAAGGUUCUCUCGAUAGCACUAAAGCGCCAGCCACUGCUCAUGACGUGGACAUCGUUAUCGUUCAGGGUGAAUUAGAUCAUUUACCUGCCAAAAACGGUGCUGGCGGAGACCCUAUUGCACUACCAGAUGCUCCAGCUUCUAAAGAAGAGCCAACUGGUAUCGUUAAAGGUGUUCCUCAACCGUCUGAUCUAGUGAGCAAGGAAUCCGAGGACAAUUUUGAGGCUGGGCAAGGUAAGGUGGAUGAAGGCCGCAUCAUUCACGAAGAAAUUGGUGUGAUUACAUCUCCUGAGCAAGAGGCCGAACUUAUCCGCAAGACGUUGGAUCCAAAGGUAUCAUUGCCAGGUGAAACCGAGGAACUAUUAAUCGUAGAUGGUGACAUUCCGCCAUCUCAAGUUGCUGAGUACCAGGCAGCUAGUGAUGCGGCAGCAGCGAAAGCCAUAGCCAACCAGAAGCCCGAGGAGGUUAUCGUAGGACAUGAAGGCGUGUCAAAGGAAACUUCAAAACCAAAGAAGACUGUGCCCGCUCAACAAAAAGCUACUCCAGCUUCGCCUGAGAAGAAGAAGAAGAAGAAGGGUCUCUUUUCCAAAAUAAAGAAAAUCUUUAACUGA